UCUCCCUUCCUCCGCCGCCCGCCGUUGCCCCGAGCCUUCCCCGGCCGAAGAAGGCAAGACUAUUCUAACAGUUCAGACAUGGGAGUUAGAGAACGCAGCGUGUGCGGGCUUGGACUGUAUGCCAACAUGAAUGGGCAAAGUAACGAACAUGAAUGGGCGCUUGAGAGCAAGAGGAUGUUUUAUCUCAGAAUCGCCAACAACGCCAGCCAUAGCAUCCACAACGGAGCCACUCCUCUAAGGGUUGGAAAUCCAAAUCACGAACCCUCUGGAAAUCACAGAAGUUCAAACUAUCCUUCCAUGCAUAAUCUAAGAGAAAGAGUGCCAUCUUACUCAAUUGUAAAUAGACAUGCCAAUACAGACUUGGCUGAGUGUAAUCUGACAAAUCAGUUUGCCCAUGCUCUUUCAACCCCAAUGAGUGAUGUUAAUGAUGACAUCGAACUAUUGGGCAUGCCUAGCAGCUCUAAUGUGGAGAUUUCAGCGCAUGAUUGUUCAUCCAUGGAGGCUCCUUUGCCUAAUAUCUCAAAUAUGGAGGAAACUUCAGGGCUUGAUGGAAAGACUAAUGUUGGGUAUGCAGAUAAACACAAACUCAUAUCUCAAAAGGUGGUACCAUCUUUCCCAGAUAGAACUUUCUUGACCAAGGAGUCUACAAGCAAACGGAAGGCUCUUGUUGGUAUCUAUGACAAAGUUUUGGUAAUUGACAAUAUUGAGUCAGCAAAGAAUGUUGUACGAUUGCUUACUACAAAGUACAGAAACUUUGUUCAUGCAUGCGACACGGAGGUAGCAAAUAUUGAUGUCAAAAAGGAGUCACCAGUUGAUCAUGGAGAAGUAAUAUGUUUUAGCAUCUAUUCAGAAAAUUCUGAUGUACAUGCCGAUUUUGGAAACGAGAAAACAUGCAUUUGGGUGGAUGUGCUUGAUGGUGGAAGGGAUGUCUUGAUGGAGUUUGCUCCAUUCUUUGAGGACCCGUCUAUCAAGAAGGUUUGGCAUAACUAUAGUUUUGAUAGCCAUGUCAUUGAGAACUACGGAAUCAAGGUUGCUGGAUUUCACGCUGAUACAAUGCAUCUUGCACGCCUUUGGGAUUCUAACAGGAAAACUGAUGGUGGAUAUUCACUUGAAGGACUUGCAAAUGAUCCUAGAGUCAUGAGUGAUGUUGGGAAGGACUUAACUAAAAUUGGGAAGUCAUCGAUGAAAACAAUCUUUGGUAAGAAAAAGAUUAGGAAGGAUGGAGCCGAAGGGAAAAUUAUAUAUAUUGAACCAGUUGAAAAUUUGCAAAGGGAAGACAGGGAGAUGUGGAUUUGCUAUUCAUCACUGGAUGCAGUGAGUACACUAAAGCUUUAUGAAAGCUUGAAAUGUAAGCUUGAAACAAAAGAAUGGAUUUUUGACGGUUGUCCUAGAGGAACAAUGUACGAUUUCUAUGAAGAGUAUUGGCGCCCCUUUGGUGACCUUCUUGUGAAGAUGGAAACAGAGGGUAUGCUUGUUGACCGUGCUUACCUUUCAGUGAUCGAGAAAACAGCUGUUGCUGAACAAAAAAGGGCUGCAGAUAAGUUUAGGAAUUGGGCAUCUAAAUAUUGUCCAGAUGCGAAGUACAUGAAUCUGAAUAGUGAUGUACAACUUCGCCAGCUUUUCUUUGCUGGCAUUAAAAACAGGAAUAAAUCUGGUGAGACCUGCCCACAAAGUAAAACAUUUAAAGUUCAGAAUGAUGAAAAUGUAGCUCCGGAAGGCAAGAAGGCUUCAAAGUUUCGCACAAUCAAACUUUAUGGUAUUGUGAAAGAUCUGAAAAUUAAUAUGUUCUCCCCGAGUGGGUGGCCUUCACUCAGCAUUGAUGCAUUGAAAACUUUGUCUGGUAAGAUACCCAUGGAUCAGAUUUACACAAUGGACGAUGACCAAGAGCAUGAUGAAUAUAGCAAUGGUUCAGAACUUCCCGAGCAGGAUAUAGAUGAGUCAUCAUCAUAUGGAACUGCAUAUAAAGCAUUUGGUGGAGGAAAGAAGGGAAAGGAAGCAUGCCAUGCAAUUGCAGCUCUAUGUGAAAUCUCCUCUAUUGACAAGUUGAUAUCCAGCUUUAUUCUUCCCUUGCAGGGAGGUAAUAUAUCAUGUAAGGAGGGGCGCAUUCACUGUUCAAUAAAUAUCAAUACUGAAACUGGGCGCUUAUCAGCACGAAUACCAAAUUUGCAGAAUCAACCUGCACAUGAAAAAGAUCGAUAUAAGAUCCGCCAAGCUUUUGUUGCAGCUCCAGGGAACUCUCUUGUUGUUGCUGAUUAUGGCCAGCUGGAGCUGAGAAUCUUAGCCCAUCUUACUAGUUGUAAAAGCAUGCUGGAUGCUUUCAAGGCUGGUGGUGACUUCCAUUCUAGAACAGCCAUGAAUAUGUAUGAGCAUGUCCGAGAUGCUGUUCACGGAAAAAGGGUCCUUCUUGAAUGGGAUCCUCAACCAGAUCAACAGAAGCCUCCAGUGCCAUUGUUGAAGGAUGCUUUUGGUGCUGAGAGAAGGAAGGCUAAAAUGCUUAAUUUCUCCAUUGCAUACGGAAAGACAGCCAGGGGGCUAGCUCAGGAUUGGCAGGUGACUGUCAAGGAAGCAAAAGAUACACUCAACCUAUGGUAUAGAGAUCGAAAGGAAGUUAAAGCUUGGCAAAAUAGGCAGAAAGAGCUUGUACGGGAAAAAUGUGAAGUCUACACGUUGCUCGGACGAUCACGCCGUUUUCCUAACAUGACCCAUGCACUUCAUGUUCAAAAAGGCCAUGUUGAUCGUGCUGCUAUAAAUGCUCCAGUGCAGGGCGGUGCAGCAGAUGUUGCCAUGUGUGCAAUGCUUGAGAUAGAAAGAAAUGCGCUCCUUAAGGAGCUCGGCUGGAGACUCCUGUUACAGGUGCACGAUGAAGUGAUACUGGAAGGGCCAACGGAAUCUGCUGAAACGGCCAGGGCCAUCGUGGUAGAGUGCAUGUCCAAGCCUUUCUACGGAACCAACAUCCUGAACGUUGAACUGGCUGUCGAUGCUAAGUGUGGAAAAAGUUGGUAUGAUGCCAAGUAGUUUCCACGCUAAGUUGGUACGGCGGCAAGUAGAACUGCCCCAUCUCUCAAUCCACGUCGUCAUAAGAUGUCCCAUGUUUGUUGGCCACACCAUGUCGGUCGGUUCGAUCAAACACACACAGGGUUUGAACAAGUGUAGAUAUUGCAGCCCUAGAAGCAGCAGAAGCAGCGCAAAGCCUGUUGAAGAGCGGAAUACUUGUGGCAGAGGCGGUGAUGUCAUGGACGAGUUGUGACGCGCACGCGUUGAAGAGCGGUAGACUUGUGGCAGAGGCGGUGAUGGCAUGGAGGAGUUGUGAUGCGCACUAGUAAUCUAACAAUCUAACAUGUAGAUUGGAUUGGCCUGUAGUAGGAUCUGAUGAGUUUCAGACGAAUUAAUCUUCAGGGUAGCAUGCUCAUUUGUUCAUAAUGACACCUUGGUGCGUGCUGCUGUUCCGAGGUUAACUACUUUAGUGACAAUAAUCUGUUCACCAGUGAGGCCUAGCAAUGCGGCUGGUAAACUGUUUAUGUUGAUCCGAUUGUCGGACGGAUGGCUCAGUUCUGGUCUGUUUACAAUGCUGGAAUUUCAUGUAAAUUUCUGCAAUAUUUGC